AUGACUCGUGGUGACACACGCGACUCGCGGUGACACACACCGAGGAAAAUAAGUAUCCUAGUUUGUAGUUAGUGACACAUCGCUACGACGUUAAAAUGUGCAAAGUCCGAAUGUUGAGAACGUUGGUGAAGCAGCGACUAAACGUGGCGCUCGAAGAGAUAUUCGAACUAUUCGAAAGAACGAUAGCAGAGUAUGAGGAGGAACUUUGUCGAAGCAAAGAGGAGACCGAGCGACAACGCGAAUUACUGGACUCUGUUUACAAGCCUCGGGCUGGGCUACAGAGAGCAGACAUUCAACAGGUGCUCGUUGAGCCUCAAGAUGAGGUUCCCUCUGACCAUAAGCAGAAAGAAUGGGGCUCCAAUGUGGAUGUUAAAGAAGAAGACAAAUCAGAAGAGGACAUGUGGAGCAAACUGGAUGGGGAGACUGACGUUACUGCAGUCAUGUUGACUGGUGUUGCUGUGAACAGUGAAGAUGCCCAAGCUCAGUCCUCACAGCUUCAUCACAGCGAGGAGAACACAGGCAGCAGCUCAAGUCAAAAUUGUGGAGGAUCACACCCAGACGACUGUGCUCCAAUAUCAGCUUUGGGCAACAGGAUAUCACAGUCUUCUGACACAGACCACGGUGAUGACAUCAAAAAAACUCUUAAAAGCGCUCAUGGUGAUGUCAAUCCGUUUAUCUGCUCUGAAUGCGGGAAAGCCUUUGUCCAGAAGUUCACUUUGAACAGACACAUGAGGAUACACACGGGUGAAAAACCUUUCAGCUGCACAGUUUGUGCUCGGACCUUCUCCAGGAAGUCAGAAAUGACCACUCACGUUUUGACGCACACGGGCGAGAAACCCUUCAAGUGCGCUGUGUGUGACAAAACGUUCUCCGUGAAGAAAUACAUGAUGGCCCACAUGAGGACACACUCCCAGGAGAAACCAUUUGCCUGCUCAGUUUGUGGAAAACGUUUCUCGACAAAAGCGCAUUUGAAGAUACACACCAGGACACACACUGGGGAGAAACCUUUCAGCUGCGACGUUUGCAACAGGAGCUUCACAAGAAAAUCGGAGAUGAUUACGCACAUGGCGACGCACACAGGCGAGAAGCCUUUCGACUGUUCGGUCUGCGCCAAAAGUUUCUCGGCCCGAAAAUAUUUGAUGAUGCAUAUGAAGAGACACACAGCAGGGAAACCUUUUACCUGCACCGUGUGUGCGAAAAACUUCUCCAGUAAAGCUUAUGUCAUGAUACACAUGAGGACGCACACCGGGGAGAGACUGUUCAGUUGUGACAUAUGUGAUAAAACAUUCACAUUUAAGACCCAGCUCAACAAUCACGUGUGUACUCGGGACAAAAACAACAGUAAUGACAACGCAAGACUUUUGUGGAAAACAAAAAUGUGCAAAGUGCAAAUGCUGCGAGAGUUGGUGGAACGGCGACUAAACGUGGCCGUGGAAGAGAUAUUCGAACUGUUUGAGAAGACAAUAGCGGAGUACGAGGAGGAACUUUGUCGAUCGAAAGAGGAGAACGAGCGGCAACGCGAACUACUGGACGCUGUUUUCACGCCUCAGUCGGGGCUAGACAAAGCCGAUACUCACCAUUUGGGAGAGGAUCAUCUCCCUGAACCCCAGCUAGAGCCAGCAGAGCCCCCCCACAUUAAAGAGGAAGAAGAAGACGUGUGGAGCAGUCAGGAUGGGGGGCAGCUUGUAGGUCUGAAGGAGGCAAAUGUCACCACCUUAGCGCUCGCUGAUUCCCCUGUGAAACGUGAAGUGAAUGAAAAGAGAGCUCACUCUUACCAACUUCACUGCAGUCAAAGUGAGGAGAACAAAUAUGCCGGCGAAGCACCACAGGCACACUCCAGCAGCGCGCCACUGUCCGACAUGGACGAGCGUGACGUCACAUCAUCCGAGACGGAUCACAGCGACGACGCCAAAGGACGUUUGAAGCGUUUUACCGACGGCAAAGGUGCCGCUGCCCAUCACGACGACAGACUCUUCAACUGCUCCGAAUGCGGCAAGACCUUCAGUCGGAAGGGAACUUUGAACCGACACAUGAGGACGCACACCGGAGAGAAACCAUUUGCUUGCUCGUUUUGCUCGAAAAUAUUCUCUUUAAAGCAUCACAGGGACCGCCACAUGCGAAUACACACCGGGGAGAAACCCUUUUCCUGUUUAUUUUGCCCUAAAAGAUUCAGAGACAGGUACAAAAUGAUGACACACAUGAGAACCCACGCUCCUGAGUUACCAAUUUCCUCCAGCCCACCAGCGACAACGAAAGCUGGCGGAGAACACUCUCACGCUCCUCGCUCACAACGAGACAACCCCGCUCCGCUAUCAGACCUGGACGACGCCAUGUCACACUCUUCCGCAAGCGAGCACGGCGACGACGCCGAAGAACCCGACUGUAAUCCCAAGAAGUUCAUGUGCUCCGAAUGCGGGAAAAUGUUCGGCCGCAUGGGAAGUUUGAACCGACACAUGACAACGCACACCAGAGAAAAACCUUUUGCUUGCUCCAUUUGCGCAAAAAGUUUCUCUUUCAAGGAGCACAUGAAAAGACACAUGAUGAUCCACACGGGCGAGACUUCCGUCUCCUGCGGCGUGUGCGCAAACAGCUUCCGAGAUAAGUGCGAAAUGGUACUGCACAUGAGAACGCAUAUGGGCGAGAAACCCUUUACGUGCUCAAUUUGCCGCAAGGGUUUCUCCCGCAAGGACCAUAUGGUGUUACACAUGAGAACGCACACGGGGGGGAAUUUCACCUGCCCAGUUUGCCAUAAAAGAUUCUCCAGUAAAAAGUAUGUGAUGAUACACAUGAGGACACACACCGGGGAGAAGCCGUUCGGUUGCAACGCGUGCGAUAAGAGGUUCACGUAUAAGUACCAGGUGACCAGACACAAGUGUGUCAGCGGCAUAGAUUUAAAUGCACCGGAAGCGAGAUCCCAAUCACUUUUGUUGAGCGAUGUCGCAAUCGCGAAGGCUAAAAUGUGUAAAGUCCGAAUUCUGAGAAAGUUGGUGACGCAACGGUUAAACUUGGCUUUAGAGGAGAUAUUUGAACUAUUUGAGCGAACGAUAGCGGACUACGAGGAAGAACUUUGUCGAACAAAAGAGGAGAACGAGCGGCAACGCGAAUUACUGACUAUCGUUUACACGUCUGAUGUUGUUUCACAGGAGGCAGACGUGCAGAAGGUGUUGGUGGAGCAUCCAGAUGAAGAUAUUGUUCCCUCUGAGCCGCAGGAACAGCCACCAGAGCCACACCACAUUAAAGAGGAGGAGGACAUAUGGAGCAGUCAGAAUAAGGAGCAGCUUCCCUUGCUGGAGGAGAAUGAUGUCACUGCGUUCACUUUGACAGGCGCCCAUGUAAAGAGUGAAGAGGAUGACGGUCAGUCCUCACAACUUCGUCACAGUCAAAGUGAGAAGUUAGAUCAACACAUCACGGUAGGGGAAUGCUACACAGGCCCACAAUCACAACCAGAUCAAUUAGCUAAACUGUCUGAUAUGGACGACAUGAUGUCACACUCUUCCGACACCGAUCACAGCGACCGCACCAAAGAACCUUUGAAGAAAAGCUCCGAAGGUCAUAGGAUGCGUCACGCUGACAACAAGCACUCCAACUGCUCCGAAUGUGGGAAAAGGUUUGUCCACAAAGGAGCUUUGAACAGGCACAUGAGGACACACAGUGGAGAGAAACCGUUUAGGUGCACCGUAUGCACCAAAGGCUUCUCCUUGAAGGCCAACAUGAAAAGACACAUGGCAACCCAUUACGAGCCGAGCAACGGCUCGACCUGCCACGUGACGACCGUUCAGUUCGGCUGCUCCAAAUGCGGGAAAAUGUUUGGCCAGAAGGGCAAUCUGAUCACCCACAUGAGAACGCACACCGGAGAGAAACCUUUUGCGUGUUCGUACUGCGACAGAAGAUUCCACACGAAGCUUCACGUGAAGAGACACACGGCCAUUCACACCGGCGAGAGACCCUUUUCCUGUUCGUUUUGCGGGAAAAGUUUCCGGGAGAAGUACGACAUGAUGAAUCACACCAGGACCCACACUGGUGAGAAACCUUUCACCUGCUCCUUGUGUGCCAAGGGUUUCUCUCGAAGGUCAUAUCUGAGAAUACACAUGAGAAGUCACACUGAGGAGAAAGCUUUGAGCUGCGGCAAAUCCGCUCAACACGUGACAACAGAAGCUGAUGAAGAACAAUGUGAAGAGCUCCAGACACAACCACAAAACUUUGCUCCACUUACAGAUAUGGACGAUAGGAUAUCGUACUCUUCAGACACUGAUCACGCUGACGACCACAGACAUCAUGUGCAGUAGCUGUGAUUGGUCAGCGUACCCACCAUACUCCAUGUGGCAGAUCGGCCCAUAAACUAGGUCUGGAUGAUUCUGAAAA